AUGUCGCGCUCAACCAGAAACUCAGCUGGACCCAGCAAACUAAUCGCCCAGAAGAGUGAAUUCAGCUCCUCUGUGACUUUGUUCACCCUGGACGACAUACCUGUCAAGGAAGAAGAACCUGACACUCUACGAAGGUCCAAAAGAAUAAAACUUGAACCAGGUCAAGUCAAGUUGGAAAUAAUUCCUGAUCUUGAGGACCUCAAAUUGGACACUGUAACAACUCCGCGACGGUCUCUUCGACGAACCAAACCUGAACCUUCAAUAUCAAAUGAUCUAUCUCCUCUGUCCUCUGCGCCUUCUUCCCCAGAGCCCACUCGAAAGACUAAAGGAAAGGCCAGAGCUCAAGUUAAGGCCGAGUUGGACUUCUCCCCGGCUGCUAGCCGCUCGACCUCUCCCACCAAGAAGAAAUCCCAGAAACCUAUUCCUCAGGCGUUGGCCAAACCGCACCCCGCACCUGACAACUGGAAGGAGGUGUACGACUCGAUAAAGAAGAUGCGAGAGAGCAUUGUUGCCCCUGUUGAUACCAUGGGUUGCGCUCAGGCCCAAUACAAGGAAACGGAUCCCAAGAACCAACGCUUCGCAACUCUUGUCUCUUUAAUGCUCUCAUCCCAAACCAAAGAUGAAGUCACGGACGCAGCAGUAACCAAAUUGCGUACAGCCCUUGGUGGCGCCAUCAGCGUCGAAGGCAUCAUUAACGCCCCUUCCUCUCUCAUCUCCGAAGCCAUUGCUAAGGUCGGCUUUUGGCGGAGAAAGACAGAUUACCUGAAACAGACCGCUGCCAAGUUGCAAGAGGAGUUCGAAGGAGACGUGCCUAAGACGGUGGAUGAACUUUGUUCGUUGCCGGGUGUGGGACCGAAGAUGGCGUUUUUGUGUUUGCAGGUUGCUUGGAAUUUGAACCUUGGAAUCGGUGUGGACGUCCAUGUGCACCGAAUUUCUAAUAGGUUGGGGUGGCAUAGGAAGCCGACCAAGGAUCCUGAGGAGACCCGGCUCAACUUGCAGUCAUGGCUCCCGAGCGAACUCCACCAGGAAAUCAACCCACUGCUUGUUGGGUUUGGCCAGGUGGUUUGCACGCCAGUCAACCCAAAAUGCGACCAGUGUACACUGAGCGGUAGUUCGACGUCGAAGGCCCUUUGUCCCAGCGCAAGAAAGAACAUUGCCGAGCAAAAGAGGAAGACCAGUACGAAACGCAAACUGACAGCCACGUCCAUCUUGAAGGAGGAAGAGGAUGUCAAGCCUGAACUCAAACUUGUCAAGGUCGAAUUGGAAAUUGAUGAGGAAGAGACCAAUAAGUCGAUAACUAAGAAUAUGGUAUCGAAGGCGGAAGAGGGGCUAGUCAAGACGGAGCAAUCUUGA